UCAGUAGCUCUGAACCAGGACCGGGACCCGAACUAUGGCGGCGGAACCGACACACGUUCUCUGAAGUUAAAGCAAAGCAGUUUUAAUUCAAACAUCGAGUCAUUCAUUCAGAGCCGUGCUAACGGCUACCUAGCCCUGCGAGCUAACAACAGCAGCAGCAGGUAGAAUGGAGCCAAACGCCGCGAAGCGACGCGACAACAAGAAGUCUCUGCGCGUGAAGGUGAUCAGCCUCGGGAACGCGGAGGUCGGCAAGAGUUGCAUCAUCAAACGUUACUGUGAGAAAAGAUUUGUUCCAAAGUAUUUGGCAACAAUCGGCAUCGACUACGGUGUAACCAAAGUUCAGGUUCGUGAUCGUGAAAUCAAAGUGAACAUCUUCGACAUGGCCGGACACCCGUUCUUCUACGAAGUGAGUUAUACUUCAUCUGUUGUAUUAGUACACAUGGCAGGGCGUGCUGCUGGUGUUCGGAAGUUCUCUGCUCUGGACAGCUGGCUGGGCGAGAUGAAGCAGGAGACGGGCUCGCAGGCCAACAUGGAGAGCAUCGUGUUCACCGUGUGCGCCAACAAGGUGGACCUGUCCAAGCGGCGCCUGGUGGACGAGGGGGAGGGGCGUCUGUGGGCGGAGUCCCGCGGCUUCCACUACUUCGAGACGUCGGCUCAGAGCGGAGAGGGCAUCAACGAGAUGUUCCAGGCCUUCUUCUCCUCCAUCACCGACAUGUGUGAGAACGGAGGCAAGCGCCCGGUCAGCGACUCCUGGGACAUGCUGGGCUUCACCAAGGAGCACCGGGCCACGCGGUACGUUAUCACUGUUAGUACUAUUAAUAAAGACUCCUGGGACAUGCUGGGGGUGAAGCCAGGGGCCACGCGGUACGUUAUCACUGUUAGUACUAUUAAUAAAGACUCCUGGGACAUGUUGGGGGUGAAGCCAGGGGCCACGCGGUACGUUAUCACUGUUAGUACUAUUAAUAAAGACUCCUGGGACAUGCUGGGGGUGAAGCCAGGGGCCACGCGGUACGUUAUCACUGUUAGUACUAUUAAUAAAGACUCCUGGGACAUGCUGGGGGUGAAGCCAGGGGCCACGCGGGAGGAGGUGAACAAGGCGUACAGGAAGUUGGCGGUGCUGCUGCAUCCUGAUAAAUGCGUUGCCCCCGGCAGCGAAGACGCCUUCAAGGCCGUGGUGAACGCUCGCACGUCACUGCUCAAGAACAUUAAAUAACUCCUCUGAUUGGCCCUCUGGACGUGAACGGACCAAUCACACGCUGGUUGUGCAGGAAGCUCUCGCGUGUUGUUGUUUACCAACAACGUUUAUCCUUUUGAUCUCUGGACGUGAAAAACAAAGAAAGACCAGGAAGUGCAUCAAAUAUAUUUAAUAUAUAUAUUUAAGCCAAAAUUCUGUCACAUUUUUAGAUUCAAAUAACAUUUUGGUGAAUUUAGAUUUAAAUUUAAAUCUGAAUUCUGAGAUCAAAGUCCAAAUAUUGGAUUUAGUCAGAAAUCUAAGAAAUAACAAAACGGUAAUCCUAAAACGUUAUUUAAAUUCUAGGACUUUGAAGGAGGAAGGUCGUAAUUGAACCGUUGUGUGUGUGGAUGACCUCACCAGGUCAGAGGUCAGCUUGUUCUUCAAAGGGACUUCUCUCACUCCCUCAGUCGCCUCUCAGGCUGAACACGACGCAUGCUGGAGACGUGGCCAAACCCGCCCCCUCCUCCCCAAACGCCCUCGACAGGCGACGAAGAGGAAGAGGCCCGGAUGUCCCCCCAAACGUGAGGAAGAGGAAGAGGCCCGGAUGUUCCCCAAACUUCACUCUCAUGUUUGGUUUGCAUAAGAGUUUAUAAAUAGUUCCCUAAGUCUUGUUCCUAAAAGUGACUCAUAGAUUCAUCUGAAAGGAGUUCCCUCUAUUCCUAUUUUAUUCUUCUCUGUAAACUUUAGAUUGAUUCUUUAAACUUUAAAUUCCCUCAUAAAACACUUUUGUUCCCCACUAACUAGUUUUAAUUUGUCUUGAAUCGUUUUCUCCGCCAAAUGUGUAAAAAGAGUUUUAAGUUCAACACGUUACUUUACUCAGUUGAACAUGUUUAAUUUUCUCUGCUCAUGUUUAGUUUUCUCUGCUCAUGUUGAGUUUUUUCCGCUCAUGUUUAGUUUUCUCUGCUCAUGUUUAGUUUUCUCUGCUCAUGUUUA